GCGUCAUAGCCACAUAGCAUCGCCGUUACAUUAAACGCUGACAAACUCUCUUGGAGAAGAUGACUGCAAGAAUGAAAGGUUUGAGAACUUUUACGGCUUAUUCCCUUACUCUACUAUUCUUGGCAACAUUCGUUUCUCAGUCGUGGAGUGCGCCGAAGGAUACCUAUCAUCGGAGAAACUGGACUCCCCAGGCGAUGCUGUACUUGAAGGGCGCGCAGGGACGUCGUUUUGUGACAGAAGACAGAAAAGAAGGAAACUUGUAUGACACCAUACAUUUAGAGACACGCAGUCAGAACACAGAACAACGCAGAGUGUCCCAGGCAGCGUCAGUGCUCCUCGACUUUCUCCAACAGGCCAGAGGAGAAGCUGAUGAGAAUCAAGAACAAGUCUACUUGCAAGAUCUGCCUGCUUGGAAAAGAGAAUACUUCAAAUAAUAAAUUGAUCUGAUUGAUCGUUAUAGUAUUUAAAUAAUGUAUUACAUUUUUAUUUAAUUCUGUAAUGUAAAAAAAGAAUGGAUUAUGUGGUGUAGCAGUGAAUGUUUUGAAUGUACUAUUAAAACACUUUUGCAUUCAA